UUGUAAAUUCAGGUAUCAGUUGCACGGUGGCCAUCAGGUGUGGCAUACGUGAACACGCACGCCGUCUGUCACUUUUCGCGCAUUUUUUUCAAUUCAUUAUGGAGGUGGGUGUACGGAUAAUAGGUAUCAUCCUACGACUUCUACACUUCUUGCUACGACCCUUGUUCUGGAUGCGCGCGCGCAACACCAAACAAGUGCCGCCGAUACGGGAUCCCAUAUUACUUAGAAGUGCGACGGAUUUGGCGGCUGCAAUACGAAACGGAGAACUAACAAGCGAAAGAGUAACGCAAGCUUUCAUAACCCGAAUAGAAGAAGUGAAUCUUCUCUUGAAUGCGGUGGUAGAAGAUAGGUGUAAGGACGCGUUACAGGAAGCGAGAGAGUGUGAUAGAAGGAUUGCUGUGGCGAAAAGAGAUGGCACGAUGCACCAACUGUUUGCGGGUAGACCGCUUUUGGGGGUACCCUUCACAGUUAAGGAGAGUUGCUCUUUGGAAGGUCUAUCAAAUUCGGUGGGAUGCUUAGAAUUAGCCGGUCGACGAGCGACGAAGGAUGGUGCAGCAGUUCACCUAGUGAAGAAGGCUGGUGGCAUUCCUCUGCUAGUCUCCAACACCCCUGAACUGUGUUUGGGUUGGGAAACCACGAACUUGUUAACUGGAACUACCAAUAACCCUUAUUGCUUGAAUAGGACGCCUGGAGGCUCUUCGGGAGGCGAGGCAGCAUUACUUGCCAGUGGGGCGUCCCCAAUCAGCGUGUCUUCAGACAUCGCGGGCUCCAUCCGAAUACCAGCUGCCUUCUGUGGGGUCUUCGGACACAAACCUAGUCCGGGAUUAAUACCGAUAGAGGGACACAUACCCACCCUAAACGACGAAAACUACAGCAAGUACUUGGUAGUGGGGCCCAUGAGCAGACACGCAGAGGAUCUAACUCUGCUCAUGCGAGUCAUGGGUAACGGUCAAUGCGAGCAGCUCAAGUUGGACGAUGAAGUGGAUGUUAAGAAACUACAAGUGUACUACCUGACGGAAGCCAGCAGUUCUGCGGCACUGAUCCCUGUGGAAGCAGAACUGAAGCAGGCCGUCACUCAAGCCGCCCUUUACCUCCAGAGCCGCGGGGCUACGGUUUCGAAGCAUUAUUUGAAAGACCUAGAAGACUCGGUAGAGAUGUCGGUGUCGGUCUUCUUCUCGAUGAAGGACAUCCCCAACAUGCUCCAGGAUCCAGCUAAUCCGAAGCAAGACAAAAGCCUCUUAAUGGAGCUAAUAAAGAACAUAUUGGGCAUCGGAGUGCGAUCUCUGCAAGCUCUCGGCUUCACGCUCAUACAUCGGACCAAUCUGUUUAUUCCCGAGCAUCGAACCGUCCACUACCGGGAGAAGACUGAACGGCUGCGGCAGCACUUGGAGCGCCUGCUGGGCUCGAGCGGCGUGCUGCUGACGCCCGUACACAGCGGCCGGGCGCACGCGCACGGAGAGGUGUUCGUCCGCACGUCGGGCGUGGCCUACACUAUGCUGUGGAACGGAGCGGGCCUCCCGGCCACCGCCGUGCCUCUCCACGCUCGAGGCAUGCCCGUGGCCCUGCAGGUAAUAGCGGCGCCAAAUCGAGACAGGUUGUGUUUAGCCGUCGCCAGAGAGCUGGAGAGGGGCUUCGGAGGGUGGAAGUUUCCUACUGUUGAAUAAUGUGUAUUAACUCUGUUUUAUUUUAUUUAGGAUUAAUAUUCAAAGUUGAUUACGGCGACAUCUGUUCAUUGUGAGAUAUUAUUUUCAAUUGAUUAUGGCAUUUUUUAUACGGGAUACACAAUUUUCAGAUAGCCGGGAAUCGAACCCAAACUACUAUAAAUAAAGCCAUUAAAAAUUAUUUUUUGGAAUUAACACUGUUCUAUUUUCUUUAUAUAUUAGCUUUGUAUGUAUAAGUAAUUAUUCAAAUACGAAUCAUAUCAAGACAAAACUAAUGUCGGGAUCUCUAUUUUUAGUACACGAGUCAUUAUAUAAAAAAUGUUUUAUAUUUCUACGUCAUCAUUUAUAAAUAAUUCCUAAGAAAAAAGACAAUUCCUCUAUUUAUUAACAAUAAAUUAUAUUAAUUGUGUUUUGAUUGAUAUAAGAACUUAGUCAUGAGGCUCGCUUGUGUUAUAACAGAAUAUAAAAAAUAAUAAUAUGAUUACCUGUUCUGUACAUAAUUAUUUUUUGUCCAGAGAUAAGUAUAUUAAAUGUCACUUAAUUUAUGUUCUAUGGUAUAUUUAAACUGACAAUUGUUAUGCCAUAAAAAUAAAAAAAAACUGACAAUUAAGGAAUUGAUCUAUGUUUAAUGUUGAAGCUAUAAAACUUUUGUAUGUCUACAUUAUAGGACUAGGCAAGAAAAUCUUCUAGUUGGUUAAGAAAUGUAUGACAUUUUUAGUGUAUGUAAAUAUAAUAACGGGAAACUAGAGAAUGUUAAGAACUGAUAUUAACUGAAAGUGUCUGUAUUUGUAUAACAUUUUUAAUAGAGUAUAAGGUUUUAAACAUUGUUUUUACUACAAAUAAAUCUUGA